CGUGUUUCCGGCUGAGAUCGGCUUGUUUGUGAAGGACCUUGUACGUGAAGCUGACACAGAAAACCACUCCCUAAAAGAAAGAUGUAUCCAAGCCAUGUUAAGGUGAAGCACCACAAACACAAAUCCCACAAACAUGGGCACAAACAUAGCAGCAGCAGUAGUAGUAGCUCAAGCUCCAGUUCAGAUGAAGAGACCAGGCACAUGAGCAAAGAUCAGAAGAAGGCCUAUAAGAAGAUGAAGAAGCACAAGAUGCACGGAGCAGGAGGACAUGGUAUGCAUGGAUACCCGGGUGGACAUGCUGGUUACCCUGGAGGAGUAGCCCCUGUGCCUGGGCAUUAUCCUCAGCAGCAUGCAGCCUACCCUGGAGGCACUGUACCCCCACCAGCUGGUUAUGGCAUGCCCCAGGGCCCUCCUCCAGCAGGGUUUACAGGGCAGCCUGGUUACCCAGCCGCAGGAGGCUACCCUGCUCAACCAGCUGGCUACCCAGCACCCAGUUAUCCAGGAGGUGCUCCCCCUGCAGGAUACCCAGCAGGUGCCCCACCCCAGGGCUACCCAGGACAGUACCCACAGCCAGGUGGAGCAGCCUACUCAGCUAAUGCCCCUGCUACCUAUGCUCCUCAGCCGUAUGGUCCCGAAGCAGGGACUCCUGGUUACCCUGCCCAGCCUGGCUAUGGGGUACCACCCACACAGCCUGGCUAUGGGGCACCUCCUGGACAGCCAGGGUAUGGACCUACAGCAGGGGCACCUGGUUAUGGACAGCAACCAGCGUAUGGUCAGCAACAAGCAGGUUACGGAGGCACUCAACCAACUGCAUACCCCUCUGUGGGUGCAGGUGCUCCAGGGGCUGGAGGUGUGGCUGGGGUUACACAGGACCUGAGUAAGAUGAAGAUCUAUGGCACAGCUGAGGUCUUAAAACCAACUAUUGUCCCAGCCAAACCGUUCUAUCCCGAGAAAGAUGCAGAAAUUCUCCGCAAAGCAAUGAAAGGGCUUGGCACUGAUGAGAAAGCCAUUAUUGAUGUGAUUAGUCGUAGGACAAACCAGCAACGUCAACAAAUUCUUCAGAUGUUUAAGACAAUGUAUGGGAAAGACCUUAUCCAAGACUUGAAGUCGGAGCUGAGUGGAGAUUUGGAGGAGCUAAUCCUUGCCCUGUUUAAACCAACUACAUACUAUGAUGCCUGGUCCCUGAACAAGGCUGUAUCGGGUGUGGGCACCAAGGAAUCUGUACUGAUUGAGAUCCUGUGCACCAGACCUAACUCAGAGAUUAAAGAAAUUGUCCAGUGCUACAAAAAAGAAUUUCAUCGUGACCUGGAGAAAGACAUCAUGAGUGACACUAGUGGUCACUUCAAGAGACUGCUGGUUUCUGCUCUCCAGGGUAAUCGUAAUGAGCUGACCUUGGACCAGAUUCAGCGUGUUGCUAGGGAGGGGCCUGAGUGUGUGAUUGACAGGAAGCUGGCUCAGGAAGAGGCUCAGAAGCUGUACCAGGCCGGGGAGAAGAAAAUCGGCACAGAUGAGUCUGUCUUUCUACAGGUCAUGGCCCUCAGGCACUACUACCAGCUCAGGGCAACCUUUGAUGAGUAUUCCAAGAUUGCUGGAAAGGACAUCCUUCAGUCAGUGGGUAGCGAGUUCUCAGGAAGUGUUGAGGAUGCUUUCAAGGCCUUAGUUCAGUGUGCUAGGAACAGACCAGAGUAUUUUGCUGACAAACUGCAUAAUGCCAUGAAGGGUCUCGGCACCAAAGAUUCCGCACUGAUUAGGAUUGUGGUAACUAGAUCUGAGAUUGACCUUCAGAACAUUAAGGAGGUGUACCAGCACAAGCAUGGGAAGACCCUGAUGGGCCGUGUACAAAGCGAGACAAGCGGAGACUACAAGAAACUUCUGUCAGCCAUUAUCGGGGCUUAACUCCCCGACUUGUCACCAUGGUUACCCUUGACUCACUGCGAGUCAGUGAUUAUUAUUUUUUUUUGUCGCUCAUGUUACUGUUAUAAAAGUUUAUAAUGCAAGAAAGGUAUUACAUGUGCUUGUAUAUCAAACUUACCAUUUAUUACUUUUACAAAUUUACUUCUUAAUGAAAAUGUCCACAAACUGCAUAUUGCAUGUAUGUGUGUGUAAGUUUGUGAUCCUUCGUAAUGAUAGAUUUUCUGUUGUUACAUAUAUACUGUUAGUUGGAUUGUGUUUGAUUAAAGUAGUAUUGAAUGGCAUUAACAACCUUUUGUUGUCUUAAUUUAUGUGCAGUUUGAUAAUAGAAAUGUCACUAAGAAGAUACCCUGUACUGAAUUUUUAAGACGGGAAAUUUUGUGUCAGCGUGAAUGUUUAGACAUUUUUAUGCAAUAAAUAUAUGGAAAUUGUCUUGGUGUAUACUUAAAGCUCAAUGAGCUUGUACCAUUCACCUCUUUUCUCAUGCAUACUAGCAUGACUAGAUUUAUGUGGCAUAGUUUGAAGGCUGUUGAUUGUUGUGACGUGCAUGUAUACAUGUACAUAUAUGUUUCUGUCUGGCUGAUUACUAAGUAAGAUUUCUUUGUAUUUCUUUAAGGUGAUACUCAAAAUUAGAUUCAUUUCGGUUACUCUGGAAAUUGUGAACAGUCAAGUUUGUUGAACAAAAAGAUUUAUUCUUGAUGCAUAGAUUAAUGAAAUAUUUAGAGAAUUCCUUUCAGCUACAUGAACGCAUAUAUAUAUAUAUUCAAAACUUUCUUAUUCGUUAUCUGUACAUCAGAAUGAUUUCUAUCAUAUAAGGUUUAUUGACCGUAAAAUGUGAUAAUUGGCAUGAGCAUUUGGCAUGUUCAAGGCCCCCAGUAGUUGGGUGGAUGGAUGUUAAGCUUUACAUUCACAGUUGAGUAGCACAAACUUCUCAAUGGGUCAGUAAGCAUAUAGCUGAUUGCAAAUUUCUGGUUCUGCAUGAACUGUACCUGUGCCAGACAAGUCUUUAGAACUGAUCGCAAUAUGUUCUGUGUGUUUCACCUGAUAACUGUUUAUUACAUGUUUUAAUGGAGAUUUUACUGCUGGUUAUAAAUUGUUGAUGGUGAAGGUUUACUGGGUGGAACUUGUGACUGAUCUUCUAUACUGAUGUGAGUGUGUAUGUACUGUUAAUAUUAUCUUCCUACGGUAAACAGAACAUUAUCUAUAUAUUUUGAUACAAUUUAUUAUAAACUUUAGCGGUUCUUUCUUUUGAUUGUUUUUAUACUUUGAAGCAAGUGUAUCUUUAAAAAUGUAUUCUAACUUUGCUAUGUAAUCCUCUAGUCCUUUAUUACUAUGAACUCAGCUGAUUUUACAAAUAUUUGUAUUCCAAUAAAAUGUAUUCCCCAUUGUAAUUCACCUUUUUUAUCAGGCGUUAAAUGUGCUACUCAGAUAGGUGUAGGAAUACUGAUUUUUUAGAUGCAGAUUGCAGUAACUAAUUUAGAGAGAAUUUUGCAAUGAAUGUUCUAUGCAGAGUAGUGAUUUUCAAUGUACAAGGUAUUAACAUUUAUUGGCCUUUUCCUCCUUAGAGAUGUCACACUAGAACUCUAUGCUGUUUUGGCAUCUGAAACACUGUUACUGUUUGUUACACUUCCAGAAUUAAACUAAAAUAAAAAAGUAAGAAAAAUA